ACCUCUCGGACUGAUUUGCCUUUGGUGAGGAAAAGUGUAAAGACUCACAGAAGGAAAAUGACUUUAAGGGAAGAACUCCUGGAUACAACAGAGAAGCAAGAUGCAGACUUGUUUAUAGCAUUCAUGGUGAAAUAUCAGAACCACACAAAGAUAGUAGAUCUUGAAGAAGCAUUGAACAGUCUGGGUGCCUCUCAGUUUGCUGAUGUAUGGGAGAAGGUUCAUGGGGUGUGUACUUCCACAUUGCUCAACCUUGAUGAUGAUGACAACCCUGAUAAUGAGGAGAGUGUGCAGAAGAACAAACAGAUGCUGGACGUGUUACAGAGUGUAGUCACCUUGGCUACAGCUGCUCUGACGUCUGAUUCUCCGCACGUGCCAGACUCCUUCUAUGACACUGCAGUUAUUAUACAUGGUGUGAUGCUUUCCCUUCCUGACACUGCUGAUAAGCUGAAGAACUCCAUGGCCAAAUUGUUUGAGUUAUGGUGGACCCGGGAGCUGAAUGGAAGAGAAGAACUUGGAAUAAAUACAUUCACCUACUUACUGGAACGUAGUUUGCAAAACAAAUCUCCUGUGACUGAUCUGAAGAGAGUAUGGGCAAUGAGAGAAGCUGUCAAGCUGAUAGAUGUAUGUAGCCAGGCGUCUGAGCAUGUCCGAGGACUUUUGCUCCACUGCUAUAUGCAUGUGUCAUACCUGAAAAGCGAUGAGGGGCGAAGGUUUUUAAGUUUUCUCUUUAGUCUUGGACAAAACAUGAUUGAGUUCAUACAUAACACCAUUAAAAACCAGCUACCAGUAGCUCCCAGGUCUUUUCUGGAGCACUAUGGGGAGGUGUACUUCCGUGCAUGGAGAGUUGCAUCAGGCCAGUGUUUACAGAAAAUAGAAGUUUCCUGUAUUCAAGAUUUGAUGCAUCAUGCUGUCCAUGCAAAAAGGCAGUCCUCACGCUCAAUGGCAUUUGUGCUAAGAAAGGUGCUAGGAUACAUCCACAAGCAGAAGAAACAGAGAGGUGUUGAUGAAAUGUUAUUGAGACUCUAUGAGCCCAUUUUGUGGCGAUCCCUCAAGGUGGCGAAUGGUGCAGUACGGGCCAACUCUGCUGCUCUGCUGGUGGACGCCUUUCCCCUGGAGAACCCUGAAUCUAAUGUAGAAGAGACAGACCGGUUGCUCCAGAAACAGUUUGAUCUUCUCCAGACCCUGCUAUCCGACCCGUAUGUUGAGGUGAGGACAGUGACUGUACAGGGGGUUUGUCACAUCAUCUCUGUAUACUGGGAAGUGAUCCCCAUAGCUGUCACCCAGGCUCUCAUCACUAAGCUUUACCAGGAGGUUAUCUAUGAUGUCUCCUCAGCUGAUGUCCGUGUGGCAGUCAUCAAGGGUCAACUGGAGCUCCUGGACAACCACUUAUGUCACCCUUUGUUGAAGUCUCUCCUGCCAGCUCUUAAGGACUUCAUUCACGAUACAUCAGAAAAGGUCCGUUUGACAAUGCUUGAACUUCUUCUCAAGGUGAAAAGUGUUCGAGGAAUAAAGUUCUGGUCUGUCAUUCCCAUGGAGCACCUGCUAGCCAGACUGGAGAUAGAUACCGCACCUGUGGCUCGCAGAAUCAUGCGCCUCAUCUUUAACAGCUUUGUCACUUUAGACAAGACACCAGAUGUUCAGCUCAGUCGUUGUAAAGCCUUGCUGCGCAGUAACCCUGGUGCAGCGCGUAACUUCUUUCGUUAUGCUCAUUUACACAUGAGUCUGGAGGAAACAGUAAAGUACAUAACACUGUUGUGUCGAUGUGUGUUGUGCUGUGUGCGUUCAGAGCAGAGAGCUGCUGAGUCUAACUCCCAGACGAGUGGAGGGGAGAGAGAGGUCAGCGAUGAGGAGAGAGAGGAUGAUGACAAGGAGAAUGAUGGUGGAGAAUCUGAGCUCACUGUGCAUGACACAGACCUGAUGGUGGGGCUGCUAGAAGCCAUGGCCAUACUCUGGAGUAGUGUCUCUCACCAGCUUGACAAGAAUGAAGAGUUACGUCGAGGCUUGAGGAGAAGGUUUGCCAUUGCCAUGCCAGAGUUCCUGAACACAUUUGAGAAUCGACACGCCUACUCUGCUCUAGUCCUGCUGGCCAGUCUGAUGCCCCCUGACAUGGUCCCACAUUUCAGCCGCAGCUGUUUGUCUCGCCUGAAGGACAUGACAGAUGAGUGUGGAUCUGAUGACUACUGGGUACUCCUUGAGGCCAUGUGUAACUGGGGCAAAAUGUCUGAACUGGUGGAACUCAUUACAGAGUGGUUAGAAGAUGGUUUAAAAAUUCCUGAUCCCUGCCAGUCCAAGUCAAAGGUAAAGAAGAAAGAGAAGAAGACAGUGGCGUUUAGAGAGCCCAGAACACCCCAGCCCACGCUAGCCAUCAGAUACCUGACAAGUCUGAUGUCUCACCCCAAAUGUCAGAGCCUGCUUCUGAUCAACUGUAAACAAGGACUGCAGGAAUUGUCUUGUCUCCUCAAAUCAGUGCUGAAAUGCCUGGAGAAGAAAUUUGCUUGUCUUGAUGCAUUGGGACCAAGGACAACGGAUGAGUUCCUGACACAGGCAUUUGUCAUGUAUCAGAAGCUAGAAAUCCUACUCCACAGCGAUAACAACUCUGGCCAUAAUGCUGUGAUAUCCAUGGAGGAACUGUACAGCUGGGCUGACCGGGAACUCUUAUCCUAUCUCCACAACCCACAGCUGGACCACAGCUCUGCAGAUGUGUCUACAAGGAAACGCAAAGUGGACAAGAACUCCAGCACCUUGAGAACUUUGGCCAUUGGCCUGGUUCAGAGUUUGCUGUGCACUGGUUGUAACAUGCUGCUGGUUGGUGUUGGCAGUGUGGAGUUUGCAUCACGCUUUACAGAUUUUGUGUCGUUGUGUUUACAGACAGGUGCUUGUGGAGAGUUACUUCCCUUGGCUGGCCAGGCCCUCUUCCAGCUGACAGAGCAAUGGAGGGUGUGUGAAGCCGAGGGCAGUGUUCACUCCUCCCUCAUCCCCUCACUCUUUACCAAACUGCUGCAGUCCAUGGCAGCCUUUGUGAACAUGGACAGUCAACCACUCACACUGAUGGAACAGGAGAAAGUUGAUGCGCUGUUAUCCAGUAUGAAGCCCACCAUGACAGAGAUGCUACAAGCAGUUUACAGAUGUCGGCAACUGGAGUCCAAACUUGUCCCAGAGAUCAUGUCCUCUGUGAUGGCAGCAGUUAUUUCAGACCUCACCCAUCACAGUAAAUUAGGGAAACUGGAUCAAGAUGAAUUGUGUGAAUCUUUGUCAGAUUUACCUCCCCUUUCUGCAUUUUUACUGAGCAUCAUUUGCAAGAAAAACUAUAUGGCUACGUCAUUUUCGUCAGAGCUGAGUGAGUGCAUCAGCUCCGGUGCUUUGCCUGGCCUAAACGGACUGAAUGGAGCUGUGUACUUGACUGCAAACCUCUACCAUUGUAAAUCAUCAGUGUCAGGUCUGAAGGACUGCCUGGUCUCCCUACAAGUACAGGCUGAACAAAUGCAACAGGACAUGGCUGACUACGAGGAGGACAGUCCUGAUAGGCUGGUGUUGAGAGGACUGAUGUCCAGAUUACGACAGAUACAAGACCAGUUGAUAACAGGGUAGCUGGGAUUAUGGGACACUUGUGUGAGAUGUGUAUACUCGGGGGGCAGGAUGUAGUUCCACAACAUAGAGCCCUGUUUUACGUUAUACAUGUCGUGUGAACAAAUAUUUAAACUUCUUAACAUUAAGUCAAUGUUGCAUGAUAGAUUAAAGUCAUCUCAAGACAAGAAUGCAGUAGGUUGAAACCUCUAAAGCUGUGCAGUCAACUUGUUAACAUCCCAUUCAGACCUCUUAGUUAUGAGUGUACAUCUACUCUGUAAUACGUUAAGCAGAUUUUGUUUCCCCACUUGUGUCAUUUUCUGCGUGUAUCUUCAAUUUGUACUGUCAU